AUGGCGUCACCUUUCAACCCUCGUGAGGGUCUGGCCACACAAAAAUCUGGCCUCAACGAUUCACACAAUCCGACAACAACAGCAAUUGAAGGUGAUGAAGACGAUAUAUCUCUCACCUCAACAGCAGGAAGUGUAUUCCAAGAUGAAUACGAGGUCGAAACUAUCCAUGCACAAGACAUAAUCAACGGUCAAAAAGUGUACCUUGUCAAAUGGAAAGGCUAUGAAGACUUGCGUUGCACGUGGGAGCCGAGAGACUCAUUCAACACUAAGGAAAUACUACUGGAGUGGGAAGACAAGAAGCGGCAGAUAAAACGAGGAGUCAGAGAGCCGUUUGAUGUUGAAGCGUGGCAGGCUGAAUGUGAAGCUUUUGAGACCGCUCGUGAAGACCGUAAGCGUCGACGACAAGAGAAACGAGCCAGAUUGAGUUUGUUGGGGCCAGAAAACCAGGAAUUGACUGCUGUACCGACCGCCACCGUACCAACUCCAGAUUUGGAACCGAUAAUCCCUCCCUCAGCUCCCUCAGAUAUGUCUUCUGAUGAUGAUAGACCUCUUGUACAAAGAAGAGGUCUUGAGCAGAAUAGUCCAUCAAAGGCCGAUAGUGUUCAGUCAAGGUCCCCAAGUCAACCUCAAACCACGGCCGCUAGCAACCAACCCAAACCACCCGCAGUUCAACCUACAUCUGCACUCCCUGUCAAUCAAACCACUAGCCGAACAGAGAGACCAAAAGCCGCGCCGCCAAAGCCUGUCGACAUUAAGCUGGCGGAAGGUCGUUUUGAAAGAAGAGAUCUCGCCAAUGUUUUGAAUCGUGCGCGGCAGCAGCCCAAUCCACCAGCAGAGAAGAACAAACCGUGGAAGUUAUUUCGAACCACGCACAGAUUCGAAAAGGCUUCUCGACAGGACCCCGAACCCAACAUAGACGAUUUGGAAUUGCAAAGCCCAAAUACAUGGUCUCCAUUCCAAAUGUCUUCGUUUCUCAGAAAACGUCAAGAAAAAGAAGACGAUAACCUGUUUGUGGAGCAAGACGAAGUGCCUGAAACUCAACAAAAUUCCGUUUCUCGCACCCCGUCUGCAUCGGUCGACAGUCCCGUGCUUCAGUCACAGCAACUCAAUACAGUAGAGCAUUCCUCAGCUAUACCCCCAAGCACCAUAUCUCCAAGCGGUUACACGCAAGAAGUCGGAGAAAGUCUGGUAACAGAAAGCUCGGAUAAUGUUAUGCCCAAACGUCUCAUCCCCUUGGGUCCAAGGAACUGGCAACCGCCCCCGGUUGGGAGACGCCAACUGCGCCGGAAAGACGACCUUCUUUGUCGGAUAUCGUAUGGCACCGAACCCUUUGAGAUAGGUGAUACCUUACUCUGCGAUAUAUCAACUUUUACCCGAGAGAUUAUUUGCAAACUCAGAUCCGAAGGCGAAGUCAGAGUUAGUUUCGAAGAGGUUUGCACGUUAGACCGUUUUCAAUCUUUGUCCCAUGAGGUGAGCAAUGAAGUGGCUUUUAAUGGCUUCAUCCUUGCCUAUCCUGAUACACAGUCUCGGUUAUAUGACUUAGAGGAUUUACUACGCGACAAGAACCACGUUGCAAUAGCGAGAAUCAGCCCAAAGCCAUUUGAACCAGAUCGUGGAUUGACUCUUAUCUGUUAUCCAACUGAACCCCGAUCCAAGAGUUAUCGGCUUCUGAACAGAGUAGGUUAUAGUUCGCCAAAGGGCUCUCUACGCUUUGCAGGUAUCAAUGGAGUACUUCCACGACAUCUACGAGAACCCACACCGCCCAAGGACAAAUCUGUGACAAGAAGGUUAUUGGAAAGACCAGAGCGACAGGGACGAUAUGAAGAAUCUGGCAGAAGUAGGGAGGAAGGAUUGACUGCAUGGCGCCUUCUCUCCCAGUCAAUCCCUUCUACGCCUCAGGUUGGUGAUUCCUCCUUAGCAAUCAAAGGGCGAGCCUUGCAAGCCCGUGAUCCUCGUUUAGAAGUCUCGACUACCCGGAAGAAUGAAGUAUCGACUGUAUCCCAAAGCGCACAGUCGACUGUCAUGCCAACUACUGCCGUCAUCGGUCAAGACGAAUCGACUGCCGCGGAUCCCGACGCUAUGGACACCUCGUCUGACACAUCCUCUGAACCUAGCGAAGACAUGAUGAUCACCACGACAUCUCAGCCUCCUGUCUCAAGUGGCAUCGACGUCCCGUCACCGGUAUCCGUGACGUCAAAUGAGAAACAUACCAAUCAGAUUAUCCCAGAAACCCAGGAUGUGCAGAUGCUUGACAUCAGCAAUGCAGAAAAUAUCAAUGUCAAAGAAUUCUUGACCAAUAUAUUCUUAACAAAUUACAAAAUCACGUACAACGAGAUCGCCGCUGUCACCAGCCAUUCCAGCAUUAAACUCGCCAAUUGCUUUUACCUAUGGUUCCCCGAGGAUGCCGACGCAGACUUUCAAGUAUUAGAGCAGUUCCUCGACACGCAUUAUGCGAUUGUGCUUUCGAAUCGCAAGCAAAAUGACUGGGAGAAGUUUACAAAAUCUUCUUCUGGAGUUGCAUUAUUCCACCAUAGCUUCCUGCAUUUCAGCGAGAUGUCCGGCUUCCACAAACUGAUGAUGAACUCCUCGUUCAAUUUUUGGAAUGUUUCACUUCAAACGGCUAUCCCAAACGUAGAACCACAAACACAUUUCCAACGACUCUUCCCUCAAGGAACUGGUUAUCUCAUGACGGAGGAUUUCAUGUUACAUGCAAGAGACGCAGCGAUCAUGAUCCUGGCUUGGUUUCGGGAUACUGCUUUGUCCAAGUUCCCGGGUACUUUGAAAAUGAUGGUUCGCCCGAAUGUCUUGGAAUGGUUGGAUCAAAUGUCUAAGGAAGAUCCUCGAUUUGCCGUAAUGGCUGUUCUCAUCGGCGACACUGCAUGCCAUGGUGACGCAUCAAACUGGCCAGUUGAGGCACGCGACCUCGACUGUUUCUAUAAUCCAUCUCUCGAAAGUCCCGUCAUCUCUCUAGCCGAAGUCCCCGGUAUUGAGCUGGCAGAUAGUUCAUCAAAUCCAGAUGCGAAGGGCGCCGAACAACAGAAAAAUACAGAUCUUCUAUGUGAGGUCUUCGCAGCCUGGGCGAUUCUCAAUGCAGCGUCCCUGCGGAAAUUUCACAUCAUCACACAUAACAAACCACUGGAGCGCUGGCAGAAAUGGCAACACAUUGAGAUAACCCAAGGCGCAAACGACUUUUUCCGCAAAUCCAACAUCAACAAAGACCAUUAUACAAAAUGGUUGGCCCAAGGUGCAUCGACCUCAUCAUCAUCAGCGUUAUCGCCAUCGAAAUCCGCGGCAGCGCUACCAGUGUCAUCCUCUACAAAACAACCCGCUAAAUCAGCACCAAUACUACCUACAGCGCCUGGACCGGCAGCCGCCCCGCGACCUCUGAAUGAAAGAGCAGUUAAAGCACAUCCUGGUACAGGUCCGGAUCAUCGGCCGUCGCGGUAG